UGGUCAAUGGGAAUCGCCGCCCUUCUCGGCGUGAACUGGUGUUAUUUAACCUUGGGUAACUCCCACCCCCGUACCAUCUUUGUUGUUGGUUCUGGCGGUCCUGGUCUUGGGUAAUCCUCUCUUUGCCCUCUUAAACUUGCUUCUCGUAAAGUUGUGGCGGGCGCUGCUCUCUGCCUACAGAGCGCCGUUCGCAUUCCGGACUCGUGUAGUAUUUGUCGCAUACUACCCUCUCGCGCCUCGUCCCGACUCGCUUCCCAAUUGCCGGCGACAUAACACACGCACACGCCCACGCCGCAACAAGGACCCGAGCUUCAACGUAGACCUAUAUAUACCAUGGAGUCCGGUAGCCUGAGGUCGAGGCAAUCCUCGGGAUCGCCCAACGAUGGCAAGGAAGCCGUCUACAGCGACGAUGCUUACCAACAGGUCCAGGUACGGGGCAUUGAGACCUCCAACGAGACCUCGUUGCACCGUGGUCUGAAGGCUCGUCAUAUUUCUAUGAUUGCCAUCGGUGGUGCUAUCGGAACUGGAUUAAUCAUCGGUACUGGCAAGGCGCUCGCCAGAGCUGGUCCCGCCUCUAUCUUGAUCUCGUAUUCCGUCAUCGGUUUCGUCGUCUUCCUCGUCAUGGCUGGUCUCGGAGAGAUCUCUGCUUGGCUUCCAAUGUCCGCUGGCUUCACUGGCUAUGCGUCCCGUUUUUGCGACCCUUCGCUCGGUUUCGCUCUUGGUUGGACCUAUUGGUUCAAGUACAUCAUUUUGCCGCCGAACCAGCUCACAGCUGCAGCAUUAGUCAUUCAAUUUUGGUUACCUCGAGACCGCGUCAAUCCCGGAGUAUGGAUUGCCAUAUUCUUGGUAUUGAUCGUUGGUAUCAACUAUUUUGGUGUUCGCUUUUUUGGUGAAUUCGAGUUCUGGCUAUCGAGUUUCAAGGUUGUCGUCAUCAUUGGCGUGAUUCUUGUCUCACUCGUCAUCACAGCUGGUGGUGCCGACGGCCAUGCCAGAGGAUUUGAGUACUGGAGAAAUCCAGGCGCCUUCAAUAGUGACUUCGGCAGCGGCAUUGAUGGUCCUUUGGGACGCUUCCUUAGCUUCUACUCUACACUCGUCACGGCGACUUUUGCCUUCUUGGGAACAGAGUUGGUGGGUGUGACAGUGGGCGAGGCUCAGAAUCCCCGAAGGACAAUUCCCCGCGCGAUUAGGCUCACAUUCUACCGUAUUGUUGUCUUCUACAUCAUCAGCGUUUUCCUUGUCGGCAUGAUUGUCCCAUUCAACGAUCAAGAACUCGCUUUCGCCAACAAACAGUCAACCAGUGCUGCCGCGUCACCUUUUGUGGUCGCCAUCGUCAACGCCAAGAUCAACGUUCUCCCCCAUAUUCUCAACGCAUCCAUCUUGCUCUUUGUCUUCUCGGCAGCCAACUCCGAUUUGUACAUUGCCAGCCGCACGUUGUACGGUCUAGCAUCUGACGGCUCGGCGCCUGCCAUCUUCCGAAAGACGGAUCGACGUGGUGUUCCGAUCUAUGCUCUUUUCUUGUCUGCCCUCUUCGGCUUACUCGCUUUCCUGAAUGUGUCCGAUGAUUCCAAGGAGGUGUUCAACUACCUCGUCAACGUAACCACGAUCCUCGGCCUAUUGUCGUGGAUUUCUAUUCUCGUAACCCACAUAUGGUUUGUGCGAGCCCGCAAGGCACAGGGCCUCACAGAUGAGCAGAUGCCGUACACCGCGCCGCUCGGUAUCUGGGGUUCGUACGUCGCCUUGUUCAUCUGCGUGCUUGUGGCCAUCACCAAGAACUUCGAUUCUUUCAUCCCCAGCCUAUCUUAUAAAGGUAACUACAAGAAUUUCAUAACGGGCUACAUCGGCAUCCCACUUUAUCUUGCCCUCAUCUUCGGACACAAGUACGUCACCAAAAGCAAGGGCGUCCGCCCUCAUGAAUGCGACUUUUACACCGGAAAAGACAUCAUCGACCGCGAGGAAGAGGAGUUCCUCGCCCAACAGGCUGCUGAGAGGGCCGCCAAUCCCGACCGCGGCAGGUCCUUUUACAGGAAGUGGGUUUCAUGGCUGUUCUAGGGGCCUGUAUAGAUAUGAAGCAUAUUUAUAUUUAUACUGAUUGUGAUAUUCAUUUUCGUCCCCAUCAGCAUGGCGUCGUUUUGCGAAGGAGAAAAAUUCGAGCCUUGAGGAUUUAUCUGCUCGUAAUCAGCUAUGACAGAGAUACCACUAUUCCCAAAUAGACUUGCUCAGUUUCAAUAUAUCUUGCAUAUUACCCGUUCUAAUCACGAGUCACCACCCUAUCUUGCAACGCUUCAGUCUCAAGUGUUCUAUGGAGUGGUCAACAGACCCACGUCUUGGAGUGAAGUAUGAGAUAAAAUACGCAGCGAGCCGGAGGACACCUCCAAAUCUAUAGCAUACUUAUAAUUACAAGUCUACUUGGCGUUAUGCGACAUACUAGGUACCUAGGAAUAGACAAAUUUCAAGGGGAGUUUAACGAGAUGUCCUAAGACCUUUAUUUACAGGAUAGAAUGAUCGCAUGAAAAGUUGAGCAAUCAGCAUAGUACA